CCGACGGAGGAAGGGAGGGAGGGUCAGGCGUCUGGCUGGAGGGCAGCCGGGACUAUUUGUACUUACUUCUUUGGGCGGGCGGCUGCAGUACAGCUCCUCCGACGUGCGCGCUCUCUGUGUCUCUCCUGCUCCGCGGAAUGCUGCGCCUCCUCCUCGCCGCGGUCCUCCUGGUGCUUUCGCCUCCCCUGGCCCGCGCCGGCGAUGACCCUCAGUACCAAGUGAUCUGGAAGGAUGCGCCGCGGCUGCACCAGCGCUUCGGGGGCGUGCUGGACGCCUCCAGCCCGCGGGUCGUGCGAGCCGCCCAGGUGGCGGUCUGGUAUUUCAACUUCCAGAGGGGGUCGCCCAGCAGUCUCCGGGUACUCUCCGGGCCCGUCAAGAGGGCGUCGCUCAAGGUUAUCCCAGGAGUUGGACGCAAGUACUUCCUGCAGUUUGCUACGAGAGACUUAGGAGAGUUGGUUACGAGAGACCUUCACACCUUGCAAAAGCCGGGGAUGUGCAGUGCAUCUGUAUUCUACCGAAAGACAAAACCUAAGCCACUUGUCGAAAUUGAGUGCUCAAAUGUCAAAGACCUAAAUCAACAAACAUGGGAAGAUUACAGACUGUACUUCAGAAUUAUAGGUAAUAGCAAAUAUUCCCAAUAUGAUCUGUUGUCUUUGGCUAAUCUUGGCAGCAGUUACAUUGCAUGGGAAAAGUCAACUGAGGAUUCAAGUUACUCGAUGCUGGCAGUCGAGAAUAUAAAGCACUGGAAAAGGGAAGAUGAUUCACUUGAAUUUGACUACACGGUUGUGCUACACAAUGAGGCCUUAGAGCCUACCAUUUCCUGCCACACUCAUCUUGUCUGGAUGCCGAAAUAUCCUGUGAAAGUGAAAUACGACUGUUCUUCAGAGGAGCCUUCAGGAUCUGCAGAUGGCUCUGGCAUGGAACCGGGAUCUGCUAAUGGGUUUCUUAUUGAACCUGAAAGUAACUUUUAAGUAGGUAGGAUGUUUGUGUUAUGAAAGGUGUAAACAUUUUACAAGGGUUUGGAGCACCUUUCAUUAAUAUCCAAAAUCAGUACUGUGAUUAUUCUUAUACAUAAAUGAUUGCAGCAUCUUUGAAAACUUUGCAUUAGUCACUGCUGACCCACCAUCAAUACUCUCUUUUCUGGGUAAUUUCUUAAAAAUGCUCUUUUCUUUUAUCUUCCAAAAAGCACUUUUGCAGAGUGUUGUGUUUUUUUUAAAUAUGUGUAAACUUCUGAUUUGUCACCAAGUUUCUGGCACUAGGGGUAACAAUAUGAAGCAAAUUUAAUAUAUACAAAUUUUCUGAUGUUUUUAAAGCUGCCAUUUUAAGAGAUAUUUGAUAAAUAUUUAAAGUUUGGAAGAAAACAUUUGAUGCUAACUUUUAACUUAUCUCUAAUAAAAUGACUACUGUUCAA